AUGGCACAAAAUACAACUACGGCCUCUCAACCACAGCCCCCUAGGAUACGUCAUGAAUGGUAUCAAACAGAUAGUGAAGUCGUCCUAUCGGUCUUCGUCAAAAACACUAAAGCUGAGGAGGUCAAAUGCGAAUUUGGGACGCGUUCAAUCUCGCUAAACUAUAAACUACCAACCAAUGCCACCGAAGGAUGUUUCGAUUUGGAUCCGCUGAGUUACGAAAUCGAACCUUCUCAAUGUUCCUGGACAUCAUUAUCUUCAAAGAUCGAUAUUCGACUAAAGAAAAAAGUCGCCGGAAUCAAGUGGCCAACUAUUGAAGGAGAAGAGUCCGAUAGAGCGAACCCAACAGUCAUUCAAGAACCAAUUACGAGCGCGACCCGACAGCCUGCGUAUCCUUCCUCAGCACGCCGAAAAACCAACUGGGACCACCUCGCCAAUUCGGCUGAAAAAGAAGAAGAAGAAGCAGCCAAAAACCUGAACGACCCAAACGCCGGGGGAGAUCGAGCAUUGAAUGAAGUGUUUCAAAAGCUUUAUGCCGAUGCUACUGAUGAACAGAAGAAAGCGAUGAUGAAAAGUUACGUGGAAAGUAACGGGACCGCUUUAAGCACCGAUUGGUCUGACGUCAGUAAGAAGAAAAUGGAUACCAGGCCUCCGGACUCAAUGGUCGCCAAGUCUUGGAAAGAGUGA